AUCGAGCGCGAGAUUGAAAGAUUUAAUCCCAAAGCGGCAGAUUCAGAGGGCAUCCUGAGAUGGGACUCUCUCUCCCGUCCGCUCGGCGGAGGGAUAUGUUGGCGCCGUGCCACAGCGACCUCGGCGCGUGCUCGACGUAGGCGCUCUCGAGGCCUGGAAGUAUCUGGGCAUCUUCUCUCCUCCCGCUACGGCCGAACAUGGAAGCGCGCGAGCCGGGUAAGGUCCGUGCGCCGCCCCUCGUGGAGAGUCUUGCGCGCUCGCUGGAGCUGAGGGGGGAGAGAGAGGCUCUAGCAGCCCCUUCUUCCCUCCUCAUAGCCGGGUUGGUCCUGCCCUCUUGAGCGCCGGCAGACCGCCGUGUGGUUCCCAAUUAUUUAAUAACAACAAAAAUCACCCUUCUUUCCAUUUUACUGCUGAAAUUUUCAAAAAAAAAGCGCGGCUGAGCGGGAGGGGGGGGAGGCGUUGUAGAAGCCGUUUUUUCUGUAUGGAGAAAAAACUCAAGUUCCUCGGUGGGAAGUGUAAAUAUUUCGUAUUUUGAGGGAGGUUUCAAGUAGGAAAAAAAAGCCAAAGGAGAUUCCCAAAGGUCUGACUUCCGCACACCCCUGAUGUACAAAGUGAGGUCAAGCAUUCGUAUCCGUUACAAAAAGAGAAACAACAUGAAGCCGCUGAGAUAGAAGGGAAGCAACGGCUGGUGGUGUCCAUUUUGAAACAUGAAGAAAGCGCUACCAGGGUUAAACUAGGGCAGUCUUUCCUCCUGCGUGUUAACCUGCAGGUAUUCUGGACGCCGAUUUCCAUUAGGCCCAGCAAACGUGGCCAGUGGUAAAAUAGGGAAGACAGUGUGGUAUAGUGGUUAGAGCGCUGGUUCUGGACCCAGGAGACGAGGUUUAAAUUCUGACUCUGCCAUUGAAGUUCACUGGGCGACCUUGGGGCCACUCUCUCUGAGCCUCACUUAACCUCACAGGCAUGUGUGGAUAAAAUGGGGAGGAGAAGUAUGUAUGUUGCCUUGAGCUCUUUGGAGGAAAGGUGGGAUAUAAAUACAGUAAAGCCAAGGUCAGACACCUGAUCUAUCCAGUACUGUCUAUACUGACUGGUGCUCUAGGGUUUCAGACAGGACUUUCCCAGGAUUGAACCUGGAACUUGCCACUGAGCUAUGGCAAUUCCCCAAAGUGAUGUUGAGGGUUGUAGUCCAAUAAUAUUUGGAGGGCAACGGAUUGGGAAAGGCUGAAAUAGAAACUUCCACAUGUUUUUGAGUGAAGAUUUCCUUCCAGCCACCAUGCAUUGUGGUUUCUCUUUCUCCUUUUUUUGCAUGCACAUGCUUGGUUGGUUGCUUCUUGGGUGCACCUGCUAGGAUGAGGAGCAGGGCAGGUGUGCUGGUGCAAAUAUUAACCUUUUGUUCUCCAUACAUAAAUCACUGCUCACCUCUGUGGUCAGCUUGUGUGGGUAAGUGUCGACUUGACUGGAAGACUGAAAAAAGCUAUUUUGAUUAUUAGAGAGGAAUAAAUCAAGAGGAUGCUGUUUUUCUAAUCAGAGAAGCAGUUGCUGCAAUGUUACAUACAAGACCCUGUGUCAGAUAGUUUAAUUGAAACACAGACAGAGAAAGAAAUGGAGUGUCUUCAGAAAUUAAACACAUUACCACCUCUUAAAGUUAUUGAUUUGUUUUGAGGGCUAUGUUGCUAAUGCUCCCACAGCUUUUUUAUGAUAUGAAACUGAAGAGCAUGUAUGACUGAAGAGCAAUUUGCCUGGAAUAACCUGGUUCCAUUUGUUGACAAACCCAUGCCUCUCUCCACAAAAGCAAAACCUGCCACUUACUGGAUUAGAUUAAUCUCUUACAACUUCUGAUCUGGAUGGUUGGUGGAUCUCUUGUUCCAUGCACACAUACCUCACAUAGUGCUACAUUGGGCCUUCUAGGUAGUGGUGCCCACCCUAUGGAAUGCUCUCCCAUCAGAUUUCAAGGAGUUAAGUAACUAUACAACUUUUAGAAGACAUCUGAAGGCAAUCCUGUAUAGGGAAGUUUUUAUACCCCAGCUGGACAGGGUAUAAAUAAUAAAUAAUAUUAUUAAUGUUUGAUGUUUUAUUAUGCUUUUAUAUAGGUUGGAAGCUGCCCAGAGUGGCUGGGGCAAAGAUGGGUGGGGUACAAAUAAUAACUUGUUGUUGUUAAUUUCCACACAUUGGGAAAUCUCAGUAUCAUCUUCACUGACUGGCAGUCUAAUACUGGCACUCUCCCAGCUCUACCUGGAGAUGCCAAGGAUUACACCUGGGACCUUCUGCAUGCAAAGCAGAUGCUGUGCCACUGAGCUGUAGACCUUCCCCUUCUGAAGUUCCACUUGACUAUGAUUCCUAGAAGACCCUGCUCCCUGCCUUGCAGGCCUUUUCCCACCUGGCCUGGGAGGGUGAGGCCCUGACUGACUACAAAAGCUGCUGAAUUCUUGGGCUGGCAUAGUGUUUAGGGGCUUUCGUUGAGGUGUGGGAUAGUUGCUGCUAUUGAUGUUAUUUUUUUAAUUGUUUACAACUACUGUUGUUUGUAAUUAUGUGGGUUUUGUGUGUGUUGUAAGCUGCCUUGAGUGUGAUAUUAAGUUUGGAAAGGUGACAUACAAAUGAAAUGAAGGGCUGACUGAUUAGCAUUUAUGUUCAAAUCUUUCCUUUAUUGUCAAUAAUAGCUUAUUUUAUUCCUACUUUAAUGCUAGAUAUUAUUUCUGUUUCACAUUAGUUGUCUCUAUUUCCACACACACACGGCUUAAUAAGCUUUUGUAAGCUGUCUAACAUUGACAUUUAUUUCCUCCAAUGUUCUCAACAUAGGAUGUUGGAGUGAAAAUAUAUUGGAUUAUUUCCUGAAUGCCAAACAAAUUAAAACAAGAGAUGGAGCUGAAAUCAUCUGGUACCAUAGAGCAAAUAAUAAGUUACAAAUGACAGAGGCGAUACAGAGUAAGUAUUUGCUGGACAAUAUAUUUGAAAACAGACCAACUGUUAACUGAGAAUAUGAUAAAAGUGGUUUAUUUUAGUUUCACAAUGUAACAUGGAAGCACUUCUGAGGCCAGAGUUGAAUUACCAGAGCGCUGCAUGUGGUUUGUUAGAAGAAUAGUUUGUUUCUUUUGUGAUCAUCAAAUCAGAGAGCUACUCAGUUGCCUGGCAGCCAUGCCACUUCAGAAAUGCAUUUCUAGCCCUUAUGUUUUGAGACAAUAUGUGAAAAAUAUGAGUGCAUCAUAAGCUUUAUGCAACAUUUCCUGAAGGCAUUCCAUUGUGGCUGCAAUUAUUUAUUAUAUAACACCCUUUAAGCAAAUUUCCAAGAUGGGAAAGGCAGAGAACCUUAUGGCACGAGCCCAUCCUAAACAGCGGAGAAGAGAUUGCAUGGAGUGAUGGUGGUAAAAUAUUUGAACUCCCAGUCUAGGUAUGUGACAGCAGUGGUGGAAAACCAAUGUCCUUCAAGAUGUUGCUAGAGUAUACCUCUUGUCAUCCCACUGGCCAUGGUAACUGGGUAACUUCAGCUGAUGGUAGCUGAAGUCCAGCAACAUUUAGAGGGGUCAAAGGUAUCCUACCUGGCUACAGGUAGAGGCGUACCUAGGUUCCCUUGCGCCCUUGGCAAGGAGAAAUAUUGGUGCCCCCAUCUCCAUAAAAAAAGCAUGAUGUAAUUAAAUAAUCACAAAAGACUUAAACUGGGGGCUUAACAGCAAAUUCUAUAAAUGUCUACUCAUGAGUACAUAUCACCAAGUUCAAUGGGGCUUACUCUGAGGAAACUGGGUACACAGGACUGCAGCCUAAAUCUGGCACGCUGGAGGCAGGAACUUCUAAGAAUACAGUGGUGCCCCGCAAGACGAAUGCCUCGCAAGACAAAAAACUCACUAGAUGAAAGGGUUUUGCGUUUUUUGAGUCGUUCCGCAAGACGAAUUUCCCUAUGGGCUUGCUUCGCAAGACGAAAUGUCUUGCGAGUUCUUGCGAGUUUGUUUCCUUUUUCUUAAAGCCGCUAAGCCGUUAAUAGCCGCUAAGCCGCUAAUAGCCGUGCUUCGCAAGACGAAGAGACUCGUGGAACGGAUUAAUUUCGUCUUGCGAGGCACCACUGUACAUCACUUCCCUUUUUGUUACUCUGACAAGGCGCCAGCAGAAAGGCACUAACUUGGAGGUUGCACACUUUACUCAGAAGUAAGCAGCACUUAAGUCAAUGGCUUUUGCUCUCUGGGAUAAGCAUGCAGCAGCGCACACACUGGAAACCUGUUAAGGUGAGAAAGAAACCAGGGAUAUUAGAUAUUUUAAGAUGGCUAUCAUUAUCUUCUUCAAGUCCCUCUUUACCAGGCUAAACAUACCAAAUGCACUCAACCAUUUUUCAUUAUGCUUGGUUUCCAGGCACUUCAACAUCUUGGUUGCCCUCCUCUGCACAUGUUCCAGCUUGUCAAUAUCCUCCUUAAAUUGUGGCUCCAAUAACUGGACACAGUACUCCAGGUGUGUGACCAAGGCAGAAUAGAGCAGGACUGUUACUUCCAUUGAUCAGGACACUGUAACUCUGCUGAUGUAGCCAAUAAUAGCAAUAGCUCCCCCCUUUUUUUUUUUGCUGCUACAUCACACUGUGGACUCACGUUAAACUUGGGGCCUACUAAGACCCCUAGAUCAUUUUCACAUGCAAACCAGGUGCCCCCCCAUCUUAUAUUUGUGCAGCUGGCUCUUCCUGCUGAAGUGUAGAACCUUGUAUUUGUCCCUUAGUUUGGGCCUAUCUGUUGACGUCAUAUUGAAUCCCGAUUCUGUCCUGCAACAUUAGUUACCCUUCCCAUUUUUGCGUCAUCUGCAUGUUGGAUGAGCAUCCCCUCAAUACCUUCAUCCAAGUAAUUUAUAAUUUGGAAUAGGUGCAAGUCGCUCCUUGUCCUGCCCUACUCCAGAACUCUCUUUUUCUGGGGACAUACCAUUUUAAAUUAUACCAGUUUAAGUUCUGGCUGAGUCCCAGUUGAGCAAGGUUGAGGGACUUGCUCCAGCAUAGCCCCAGCUGCAUUCAAGAUUUGCCAGAUCAAAAUUUGUUAAUUUUGGCAGAUCCUGGGUUGGAAUUGCACUGUAAGUCUAUAACCCUAAUCCCAUUGACCUGGGAAUAGGACCCAUUUAAUCCAAUGGGACUUGCUUUGGAGUAAAUAUGGUUAGGGCUGGAGCCUAAAUUGUUUGCCUUAAAAAGCACAAACAAGAAAAAUUAAUUAAGUAGCUUCUGUGGAGUACAAAAUAAGGAGAAGAAUGCAAUUAGUGUGCCUUUCAAUUUACUUCCCACUCACAAAUUAACUUGUCAACUGUUUUUUAAAGCAAAGAUUCUUAAGCUUAAUGUUUUAAGCUAUGUACUUCUAUUCCAGCAAACAACCCUGCUCUACAGUGUGAUUAGGAAAUAUUUGUAUUUAUGAAUAUAUUUAAAAUAACACUGACAAGUGAAUGCAAUACUCCUGGUUUCCCCAAGCCUCCCAGAUGAGCUAUGCGAACAGAGAUAUGAAUCUAUGUUUCCACUGUCUGUGUCUAGUGAUCUCCUUCAAGUGGAUUAAACUGACUCUUAAGUGAUACAUAAAUGUUAGAUAGCAAUACAAUUUAUCCAUGACAAAUUUAAAUGUCACAACACUGCUUGUUUUACUUUUUCUGUUCAUGUUUUUGUUCAUGUUUUUGUAAACGAACAGGUCCAGCUCACAUGAUAGAGGCUGAUGUCCUUCUUUGUGAAGAAGAGGGAAGUGGUGAGCCCAUCAUGGCUCAUCCACCUGAAACCAGUAGUGAUAACACAUUAAAGGAAUGGCUGAAUGAAAUUAAAAACACUAGCAAGGGCAUCAAGCUUGAUUUUAAAAGGUAUUUGGAAUAUAUAUAGAUAAAUGUUUGUAAGAUUAAGGGUGCAGUCCUAAAUGCACACAUGCUUACUAAGAAGUAAGUUCCAUGGAGCUUAGUGGGACUGUCUUCCCAGUAAACUUGCAUAAGUGCAAUUCUACAGUUCUGUCUUAACAGUAAUUAUAACAUUAGAUAUAGCCAACAGCAAACCCGUUAUUAUCUCUUAAGUUUUAAAGCAUUUGAGGAUAAGUAAAAGAAAGCAUUUUGCUUAAGUUAAACAUUUCCCCCUGCAAAAUUCCUCAGUUCCCCCCUUUCCCACUUUCAUGUGAUCUGCAGCCUCACGUUUAGUCCAUUGCAUUUUCUCUUAAUAUAAUUUAUACCUUAUCCUUCUUAUUCAAUACAGUACAAGGCAGCUUACAAAAACUAAAAUUACAGAUAAAAGCAUGAUCAACGAAACAUUAAUAAAUGGUCACAUGCAGCUAGAAUAUACGAUGUUACAAUGCAGCUGUUAUAGAUAUUAGAAUAGAGCUUGAACCAUAAAGCAUCACACUAUAUUUAAUGAUAUUUAAUUUAACAUGUAUCACUUUACAGUCUGUGUUAUCAUGGUUAAUUUCCUGAGCUGGAAUUUCAUGGUGUAAAAAUCUUUAGAAGCUGACAAUAAAGAGCAUUAUAUGACUCAAUCCUAGUGUUACAGAUAAGCGGGUGGUGCUGUGGUCUAAACCACUGAGCCUUGGGCUUGCCGAUCAAAAGGUUGGUGGCUUGAAUCCCCACGACAGGGUGAACUCCCAUUGCUCGGUCCCAGCUUCUGCCAACCUAGCAGUUUGAAAGCAUGCUAAAAGUGCAAGUAGAUUAGUAGGUAACACUCCGGCAGGAAGGUAAGCGGUGUUUCCGUGCGCUGCUCUGGUGUCAGUAUUCCGUUGUGCCAGAAGCAGCUUAGUCAUGCUGGCCACAUGACCCGGAAAAACUGUCUGCGGGGCGGACAAACGCCAGCUCCCUUGGCCUGUAAAGCGAGAUGAGCGUCGCAACCUCAGAGUCGUUCGCGACUGGACUUAACUGUCAGGGGUCCCUUUACCUUUACUAAAAUGUAUUCAGAUUACUUGUUGUUCUGUCUUUACAGCCUAGCAGCUGUUAAUCCGUCAAUGAAGCUUCUUGGAGACAUAAAACUCAGGCAACCUGUUUGGAUUAAUGCAGACAUUCUUCCUGGACCAAAUGGAAGUAAUUGUGUAGUAGAUGCAAAGGGGUUUCUAGACACUGUGAGAACAUUUUUUCCAGAUGUAACUUUGUCAUUAGGAUGGACAACUGGGUGGAUUAAUCUAAAAUGCAAUAUAGGUAAGAAUAAAUAUUGGAAUGCUUCACAAGAAUUAAUCCACCUAAUACUAUGCAAGAUACAAUAUCAUGCAGUUAAUCUACCUAACAGUAUUCAUUCUAGGAAAUUAUGUCAAGCUGUUAUCAUUGACAUAGUUUAUAUUUUAAAUUUUAAUUUGUGUUUCCUUGUACUUGGUCAUCCUAGUUGUCUAUCUGCUCCUUUCAGGUUUGGGACCUCUGAUGCUGUGAUGCUUUCCCCCCAUUAAAUAAAAUUAGGAAAGCUUCUCUGUGUGUACAAAAGAAUGAGCAUGCAGAACUGCCUGCUUAAAUUAAGUGAAACUAACUUACUGUGAAUUACUUUAACAUGUGAAGUGUGCCUGGGUCAUGUUAAAAUCCAGGACUGUUACCUUCCAUAUGCCUGUACACACAGCACAGUAUGAAACCUGUUUUCCCAGCUAUUUGAAAAUAAAUGUUGUUCUAGGUUUGUAUGCUCUGAAGCCAACAGGAAUUUGAGUCUGGAUUUAAGAUUUCUGGGCCCAUUUCACAGCUUGGUGCUCAUUGUCUCUUCCCCUGGUGCCUAGUUCCUGAAAAAUUAUUUCUGAUCAUUAAUAUUUUGUGGUUGUAACUUUAAAAAACCCACACAUGCUGCUGAGAUGGCAGAAUAAGUGCUUGAAUGAAUUAUGUGUUUUGUUAUUUUUUUAGGCUAUAGUUUAGCAAUGGUGCAAGAAAUGGCCAAGAUAUGUAGAGAUCUUACUCAGCCAAUAACAUUUCCUGUUCGAGCUGCUUUGGUUCGUCAGUCAAUACCUGAACUACUGUGGUUAUUACAGCAGUCAAACAGGUAUAGUUAACAUCAAUUGGGGUGAUUUGGGGAUUGGAGACCAACUGGGCGAUUGGGGUGGCAUGUAACAGUAUGUUCAUUGUCCAUUGAGCAUUUCUCCCUCAUAGAACUGAAUGGAAAGGCUCUGUACACCAAUAGCUUAGCAUUAAUGCUAGUUAACUACCCAUUCAUUUUUUUAAAUCAGUGUGUCAGGUAUAUAGUUCAACAUUUAAGUAUUAAAGAGAAGGGCCGUGGCUCAAUUGUAGAACAUCUGCUUUGCAAGCAGAUGGUCUUGGGUUCAAUCCCUGGUUUCUCAAGGUAGGGCUGAAAAUUGCCCCCAUCCAAAACCCUGGGGAGUGAGUGUGGACAGUAGGCUAGAUGGACGAAGGGGCAGACUUGGCAUAAGGCAGCUUCUUGUGUUGGUAUUACUAAUGAUGGACAUACUUGAGCAAAAAGCAAUGAGCUUGUGCACAUAUGCUUAAAAACUUGACAGAAUGGAAUGAUUGUAUAAGGCAACUUCAAUAUAUGCCAAAAAUACCUAGUAUUUUUUUCUGACAUUGUUGGAAUUCCCCAGUUUGAACAUAAAAAGGAACUUGGACUUAAUGUAAGUCAACCAUGAUGCUGGUGUGCUAGAGGAAGGAGCUGUGCAAUGAUGUUGAUAAAAUAUUAGCAGAGACACUUCUAUCAUUUUAAUAAUAGAUUCUGCCUAUCUAAAAUUUUAAUAUUAAUGUUAUUUGCUUAAGUUUUAUGUAGACUUCUAUAAAAUUAAACCAAAGUUUUGGUGACUUUCAUUCCAGAUACACUCUGACAAUUUGGACAGGAAAACAUGAUGUCUAUUCCGUAGAAGAUCUGCUCUUCAUCAGAGAUAGCUUUGAUAAAAGUAGAGUUUUUUAUGAUAUCUUAGAACCACAAAAGUCUGAGUUUAGAAAGGCCAUAGGAAUGCAAAUUGUGGCAUAAAGAGAACAGACUGUGAUCAGAGUUCAUGUUUAUGGAACGGGGCUUUUCCAUAUUCCGCUUCUCUUUGCAGUGCUCCUCGCUCACCCAAUCUGCUUCUCGGGGUUGGGAAUUCUUAGGAUGGUAUGGGAGUUGAGAGAGUUACACCUGGACAUUAAAUAGAACUUUUACUGUGGCUUUCCAGAGGUAGUUGUACUCUUAACUCCCAUAUUCCCUGACCAGUGGUCAUGCUUGCAGCGCUGAUGGGAACUGGGAAUCAAACAAAAUAUUUGGAGGACCACAAGCUCCCCAUCUCUGACCUAAUCUAUGUAAAAAAAGUUAUUGUUCUGGAUACCAUAGUGCCACUAUCCCAUGAAUACACAAAGUAUAAUAUACAGGAAAUCCACUGAUUGCUAUACUUACCGCCAUGUUAACUCAUUGUAUAUAUGAUCCAUUACCUAAAGUGGAGCGCUAUAAUAUACCCAUCUUAGCCUCAGUCAUGGAAACACACCUGAAGGUCUUACAGCCAGCACUUUUGAUUCUGCAAUACCUAGUGCACUGAAAAGAGUGGUGGAGCAGGUAGAACUACUAUAGUGCAAGCCUAUUUCAUCAGAUUAAUGAAAUUAACUGAUGAAUAAAACUCUUACUCAGCCCAUAAAAGCCCCUCUAAAGCACAUAAGGUAGUCUAUUUGUCAUUCAGUUUAUCAAGCACAUGUGGGGAAUUAUUGCCUGGUCUCCCUCGCCCCCAAAAGAUAAUUUUUCUUCCUAACUUUGCUGUUGGCCGCUGUCAGCGAAGGGGACAGUUACAGCACUGACUAACAUUUAAGAAAGUGGAUCUAUUCAGUUAAACAGAGAAGUGAUUCCUACCUCUCAAAAAUAAUUCAGAUACCCAGGAUUUUAGUGUAGCUGUGAUCAGGCAGUAGCAUUUCUUACUCCUAAAAGCAAAAGGUAUAUUUUUUUGACCUGAGUGUGGAAACAUUUUAAAAAUCACCCUGCCAGUGUCAAUUCAAGUCUAUCUGCAUUUGAAUCAAGAGUUGGCAUACUUUAUCUCUUACAUACCAGGCUGCAACAUUUGAUAAACAUCAUACUAUACUUAGCAUUAUAAUGAAACUACAACAAGUAUUUUUAUUCAUUCUAUUAUUUAUUUCAGAGUUUUUGUACCCAGCUCUUCCACUGGAGCAAAGGGUGGUUUACAACACAACAUACAGUAUAAACAGUACUAUAAUCUAAAAACAAAAUAAAAUCAUACAUCCAUUAUAAAACAGCAGUACUUAGCCUCAACUCCAACUAGCAGCAACAUCAUCUGGUUUUAGUUUGAUUCUGCUUCAAAUUAAUGUUUCAUUGAAAGCAACUGCCACUUCAGUACAUAAUUUUCAAACAUGUAUUCCCUUUUAGUCUUCAAUGCUCAGGUCCCAUGCUUUUUAAACUUUUACAGAAGGCAAAUUCACAUCCAUCCACUUAAAAUGUCAUUUUUUUUCUUACCUGGUUGUUAAGCUUAUUGUGUUUUCUUCAUUAUCCACCUAUUUGUAAUCACAGAGCCUUUGGUUACAGUUUGAGUAGAUUUAUUUCUGUACUUUCCAUAAACCUACUUUAUGUUAUCUCAUAGAGCUCCCAUACAAAGCUGGGCUGUUGUGCUUGGAAACUGAAGAAUGUUAUCCUUAUGGGUGCAUGUUAUUUGCUUUAUAUUACCAGCAUUUGUGUGCACUAGAAAAUACAUAAAUGAAACUGUAAUCGUUCUAAAAUGAUUUGAUGUUGCAGAAAUCUCUUUCCUCAGACUCAAUAAAACUGUUUUUGAAAUUACCAGCAUGUCUUUGAUACAGUUUCUCCUACAUUGUUAAAAGACAGCUACUUAUUUCUGUAAUAACUUUAUUAACAUUUAAAGCAAAAUUAUACAAAUAACUUGUGGGAGUUAGAUUUAGAAAGUUUGGCUGUUACUUUGAUAAGCUGACAAAUGCAAGAAAGCUUCCCAACACAAGACUUUUACAAGCUGAGUUCUAUGGCACUUCAUAGACUAGUAAACUAAUCAUGGCAUAAGCUUUGGAGGAUAAGAGUUCACUUUAUCAGAAGGAGAUUCUAAUUCAUGAACAUUUAAGGAUCUUUAAGUAAAGAAUAACCUUUCAAAAUUCUUAUUAGGGCAAUACCUUUUUUUAGGCUAACCAAAAUGUCACCAAACAGUGUGCAAGCUUUUAAAUUAUCCUGACCUCUUUUUCAGGUUGUUAUAAACAAAUGGAGAUGGCUGAGAGAAAUUGGCUGGUGGUGGAGCCAUGGAAUCUGCAUCCAGUCACAGACUCAAGACAGAAUGCAGGCAAAACUGUGCCCAAGGAACGGUGCUGGGUUUUUUCCUUAGGGGCAACCACCUCAUGCCCUGCCUUCCCGUCCCCCCACACCCUACACCUGCAACGAUGGUCAGCAGCCCAGUUCCUGGCUGGCCCUUCUAAUUCCCACCCCAGAAAGCUCUCCACAUCCUUUCCUGGAUCAUGGCAGGGAGGAUGCAGGUGCACAAAAAGAAAGAAAGAAAUGAACCAUGGAGGAGAGAAAGGAGAGAAGCUGUCACCACUAAAGCAGCAGCAUAAUGGGGGAAAGCCAGGGUGGUGGUGGUAGGAGGAGCGCCACCACAUAGAGAAAGUGGGCAGACAGUGGGGAGAUUAAGGUAAUGGGAUGGGGCGCACACUGAUUUGGCCCAGGUCCCAUUGGACAGCCGUGGUGGUCGGAGGUAGCAGCAGAUAUUAUGAUUAGGCUCCGCUAGGUGCAAUGCAGGUUUUAGGUUGGCCCAAAGGCUUCUGGGAAGAAUGAACAUACAAUGGUCCCACCAAACUUGGGAAGAUAUUUUUAAAAUAUUAAGUAGGCAAAGCACACCAGUUCUUUGGUAGGUGGAAAACAGGAAUUUGUUUUUGUCACAGUCCUCUAUAAAUAGAAAGCUAAAAUGUAUCUCAUGUCUGUAGAAUAUAUCAUCUCAUAAAAAGUUACAAGUUACAACCUAGUGCAUAGAGGAAGAGUGUAACAAAAGCUUAUAGAAAUUGUCAGACUGCACAAAUAAAUGUUUGUACAGUGGUACCUCGGUUUACGAACUUAAUCGGUUGCGGAAGUCCGUUCUUAAACCGAAACUGUUCUUAAAUCGAGGCACACUUUCCCUUAUGAGGCCUCCCGCUGCCAGUGCUCUUCCACCGUUCGGCUUCCGUUCAUAAACAGAGGUAAAGUUCGCAAACUGGGACACAACUUCCAGUUUUGCAGAGUUCGUAAACUGAAAAGUUCGUAAGCAGGGCUGUUGUUAAACUGAGGUACCACUGUAGUGGGAAAUAGCUUUGCAGUGGAAGCAACACCACUGUUGCUUUGUUUUCAACCUAUGAAUUAAUUCAGUGCAUUUUGGAUUCCAUAUUGGCAGGAUUGCUAAUACAUCAGCUUCUGUGAGAAGUCAUUACAUUUUGCUUAAACUGGUAUGACAUCAACUCCAUGAUUCUAUGAGGAUAAAAUCAGAUAGAUGAUAGAUCUAUAGAUAGAUGAUAGCUGUAACAUGUAUAGAACUAAAUCUUGCCAGAUUAGCAUUAUGCUCAGGUCAUCAAGGAAAACCAUUCCAAAAGAUCUAGUGCUGAAUCUUUGUAUGUCUCAAUAGUCGCAUUGUUUCCAUAUAUUGCUCAGCUUGCCUGUAUACAAUGCAAGGAAAUCCACAGUGUGAGCAUUAAGGAAUAUGCCAAACUAAUUCCCCAUUACAUUUUAAAAUUCUGGAUGGAUUUUGAAGCUUAGAAUCACAACUGAAAAGGAAACUCAUACUGUUUCAUUUUGAAAUGCAUUUGAUAAAUUCUGUGGCAAUUUCCAACCUACAUUUGCUUCUCUGCAAGGUGAAUUUUUCUUUCAAAGAGAACAAUUCUCCCAUCUCUUUUUAUGACAGUGGUUUUGAUACUGGAAAACUCAUUAUUCCCUUAAUCCGUUUUCUUAUAACCUGAAAUGUCAAACCCUUGGAUGACAUUGAACUGCCCACAUUUGCAUCUGUUUACACAGUGUUCAGGGAGCAGACUGGAAUGAGUCAAGGUAAGCUCUUUUCUCUUAAACAUAUGCCUAUCCAUUUGAAAAUGCACAUACUUCUACAUAAAUGUUGGGAGGGGGCGGCUAGGCAGUAGAGAACCGACGUAUGAAUUCAUAUCAAAUACAUAAUUUACAUGUGGAAUUACAGGUUUAUCACAAAACAUCAAACAAUUCAAAAGGAUAUACAAUUUUGAAUUUAUAAAAAUAAAUGACAUAUAAAUAAAAGCAUGAGAAAGUUUCCUGAAAGCUACUGGUACUACAUUUCAGUCUUUGUAAGGAAGUUAUUUUACAAAAUUUAUCAGAUACAGGUAUAUAAAUAUUGUACAAUAUUGGGGGGGGGCAAAGAGAUGUUUACCGUAUUUUUCGCUCUAUAGGACGCACCUUUUCCCCUCCAAAAAUUAAGGGGAAAUGUUUGUGCGUCCUAUAGAGCGAAUGCAGGCUCCUUGGCUUCAGCGAUAGCAACGUGAAGCCUCUGAAGCACAGAGGGAGCGCUCCCUCUGCGCUACGGAGGCUUUGGGUUGCUUUCCCUGAAACCUGGAGAGCUAGAGGGGUCGGUGUGCACCGAUCCCUCUCACUCUCCAGGCUUCAGGGAUAGCCGCCUGAAGCCUGCGGAGCGCAGCGCGAGUUCCCGCUGCACUCCGCAGACUUCAGGUUCCUUUCGCUGAAGCCAGGAGAGCAAGACUCUCCUGGCUUCAGCAGAGAGGGAGAGCUGUGCAGCGCCCCUUCAGCGAAGCAGGGGGAGAAAUGGAAGGGGCUCCGUUUCUCCUGCCGCUUUGCUGAAGAGGCGCUGAGCAGAGAGGGGGAGAAUUUUUUUUUCUUGUUCUCCCUCUCUAAAACAAGGUGCGUCCUAU